CCUCCAGGCAAAGAGGCCCCGCCCCCUCCCUGUGGGCUCCCAGAGGCCCCCGCCCUCUUCAGGAGUCGCAGAGGCUCCGCCCCGUCCCAGUCCGCGUUUCCGCCAGUCCCACCGCGAGGACCUUUCGUGCCCGCUCGGCCGCCGUAGCCGCGCUGUGCGUCGCCCCCGGCCGGGCGGGGCGGCGUGGCGUCGGGGGGGGAAGAUGGCGGAGGCUUCCCCGCAGCCGGGACGGUAUUUCUGCCACUGCUGCGCGGCCGAGAUCGCUCCGCGCCUGCCGGAUUAUAUUUGCCCAAGGUGUGAAUCUGGUUUUAUUGAAGAACUUCCUGAGGAGCCCAGGAAUGCUGAGAAUGGUUCCAGCUCUUCCGCAUCGACCAGCGAUCAGAGCAGGCAUCCAUUCGAGAACGUGGAUCAGCACUUAUUCACCUUGCCACAGGGCUAUGGCCAGUUUGCCUUUGGGAUUUUUGAUGACAGCUUUGAGUUUCCUGCCUUUGGGUCCAGUGGCCAAUCUGAAGACAACAGGGACUCCGAGAACCGGCGGGAGAGAGAACACCAGUCUCGGCACAGAUAUGGUGCAAGGCAGCCCCGAGCCCGUCUCACUGCACGGCGUGCCGCUGGCAGGCACGAGGGAGUCCCAACGCUAGAAGGAAUCAUACAGCAGCUGGUCAACGGCAUUAUUGCACCUACGACAAUACCAAACCUAGGACUAGGCCCUUGGGGAGUCUUGCAUUCGAAUCCAAUGGACUAUGCCUGGGGUGCCAAUGGCUUGGAUGCAAUUAUUACACAGUUAUUAAAUCAAUUUGAAAACACUGGGCCGCCUCCAGCAGACAAAGAGAAGAUCCAAGCGCUCCCCACCGUUCAGAUAACAGAGGAACACGUAGGGUCCGGGCUCGAGUGUCCUGUAUGUAAAGAGGAUUACACACUUGGUGAAAAUGUCCGGCAAUUACCCUGCAAUCAUCUAUUCCACAAUGGCUGUAUAGUCCCCUGGCUGGAACAGCACGACACAUGCCCCGUGUGCCGGAAAAGUUUAAGUGGACAAAACACUGCCACGAAUCCCCCAGGACUCACAGGGAUGAAUUUCUCCUCGUCGUCUUCCUCCUCCUCCUCCAGCUCACCAAGUAAUGAAAACUCGUCAAACAACUCAUGAAUCCUAGUCCAGCCCCAAUCCUGCGUGCCCUGUCCAUAGUCCUUCGUCCCUAGCCAACGUAAGCAACUAAGGGCCUUCCGGAGCGGAGCAAGGGGGGGAACCAAAAUCCAGAAAUUCCCUCACGAGGCCCCUGGCUCUUCGGAGACGAGACACCGCUGGCUCUCCAGUGGGGGGAAGAUCUCUGAAUUCAUCACGUUGCCGUGCGGACUCUUAAAACUGCCAUGAAAGACCGUUAAGCUUCACAGAUUGGAAACCCAAGGUGCUGAGCUAUUGUCUGCGACUCCAGCUGGGGGAAGGUGGUUUGUAUGGUUUUGAGAUUCUGCUCUUUAUAUUCUCUCCCCACGCCCCGCUCCUCCAUCCCUUAUGCUUUGAAAUUUUAAACCUUUAAAAUGACAGUGUAACAAAAUCCGGUUUGCGCCGAGGAUCUCCAGGUCGGGAGGGCGAGUGAGGGUCAGGGAGUUGCCACAGAAAAUGUGAACUCAUGGAAUAGACCGAGCUAUCCUGCCUUCCCCUGCCACAGUCCCUUUUUGUUUUCUUUAUAACUUCACCCUUCUCAUAUUCAACACAGAAAGGGUUUUUAUAAUUUUAAAUUAUUACUGCUGUUAAAUAAAUGGACGUUUCAGCUCAA